AUGUCCUCUGACUCUGCAUCCAUUGUCUCCCAGAUCACCAUCGAUAACAGUGUAUUGUUCGCGGCUUCAGUGCUUUUUGUCACCCGCAUUCCAUUGAUUGUUGCGGACUUGCUCGUCCUAGUCUUGACGUGGAUGAAGACCUACCGCCAGUACAGAGAAGCAAGAGCAUUGAACAUCAAGUCUCCGCUCACUACAUGCCUUAUCCAUGACGGCACAGUCUACUUCUUUAUUCUUCUAGCCUUGAAUGUCGCCCAGAUCCUAUCUUUAUAUGUCAAUUUCGUAGUCGCUCUCUCCAUAUUCACAAGUACAAUGCCACAAAUUCUGAUUUGCCGCUUCAUGAUGAAUUUGCGGCAACUCAACCUCGACAAAUCCACUACUCCCGAAGUCGGGACAUCUCAGCAGCUGGCUUCAUUGCACACGCUGACAUUCAAUAAUGACACAACAACGAGUUUUAUGGGGAACAUGGGAGAACCACUGGAUUACAAUCAAGAUGGCAGAGGAGACAAUGUGCAUGUCAGUGAAGAACAGCCUGAUCAUACACCGCACACCGGAGAAGAGCCAGACAUCUAAUCAGGCAUCCAAC